AUGAUAUCCCUCCACAGUCGACAAGACAACAACCUAGUUUGGCACGAGAUGAGACAAACUGAGGACUUCCUGGCAUCGGAGUUCAGUAAACUGUCUGUAGAAGAACGAUCGGAGGCUCUGAACGAUAUUCAUUGUGUUGGCGAAGAGCUAAAAGAGACCCCUGAGAUGUUGGAGAUGUUGCUGAAACAGUUCGAUCAAACGGCGCGUCAAGUGCGAAACCAUAUCUAUACAGUAGCUGUCAACCAGCGUAGAGCCUUUUUUGAGGAUUCUUCCUUUCAACUGCGGUUUCUUAGGUGUAAUAUGUACGAUGUGCACCAAUCAGUUCGUCAGAUGGUGAAGUUUUUAGAGAACAAAGCGGCAUACUUUGGGAAAGACAAGAUUUCUCGAGAGAUCACGAUUCAGGACUUGAAGGAUGAAGCCAAAGAGCUACUACUGUCAGGGUUGUACCAUAUUCAGGAAGGGAGAGACCAGAGCGGACGAGUGGUAUUAUACUUACUGAACGACAAGUUUGGGAGUUCUGAUAUUGUGACCAUGGUUGUCGGCAUCUACUAUGAUAUGACAAAGCCAGGAGAGACUUUUGUUUCGCCUGGAAUCACUUUCCUUCUAGCACUGAUGGAUGCUGUCGCAUCUUUCCCUAUGCGGUACUCGGCACUGCAUAUCUGCUUGAAGCCCAAAAAUGGCAGUUUGGCCCUGAGCAAUACCCUUCUACACUACACUCUGAAUCUUACUUCAGUUCACACCCGAACCAGGACUCGCAUUCAUUAUGGCACCGAUAUGGAACUCCAAUACACUCUUCGACGCCAUGGUGUGCCCACUGAAAGUUGCCCUGUGGAUAUAGAUGGGAAUGUCCGUGGGAACAUCUUGAACGAUUGGUUUCAGAAACAUGAAGCAGAGAUUCGGCGUCUUAAUCAGCGGAUGGCAAACCAAAUGCAACCAAUAAGGCCUCAAGAUGUUAGACCACAAGAUGUCCUGCUUGGGAGAGGAUAUCGAGUCCAAAAUCAUCCAGGCAAUUUCUGGUUUCGGAACUUUCUCCUGGCGCAUAGGGGAGAAUACGAUAUAACUCCGCGGUCAAGGCGGCAAGAAAUAUCUAUAAGGUUAACUCGAACCCUCAUUGACAAUGGGACCCGAUUUCUCAAGCAAGACGAAGGUGGUGAGUGGAUAGAAGCUGACGUGGAAGAGGCCGAGAAGAAAGUCGCUCAGCUAUUUAGGACAUUUCGAAAGAUCCUCUGA